GCCUCAAAGGAAAGUGGAGGCUGCAGCCUGGUUCAGCCCCCGCUGCCCUUAUAGGACGGCUGAGUCUGGACCGAGGGCUUUCGCGCCUUGAGCUGGAAAAAGCCUGAGGGAAGGAAGCAAGGCAUCUCUGCGGGCCUGAGGAGGAAGAGCAGGGUUGAGAACAGCCUUGGGUCACAAGCGUAGGUUGGAGGCAGGCCCGCAAAGCAGUCCCCCAACUCCUUAGCUCCGAGCUGAGGCAUCCACACCCACAGGCUGCGCGUUAAAAUGGCUGGCUAUGCCACUACUCCUAACCCCAUGCAGACCCUUCAGGAGGAAGCUGUUUGUGCCAUCUGCCUGGAUUACUUCAAGGAUCCUGUGUCCAUAGGCUGCGGGCACAACUUCUGCCGAGGAUGUGUGACCCAGCUGUGGGGCAAAGAUGAGGAAGACAGGGAAGAGGAGGAAGAUGAAUGGGAGGAGGACGAGAACGACGAUGUGGAGGGGGCCAUCGGUGGAUGGGACAACUCUAUUCGAGAGGUUUUGUACCAGGGCAAUGCUGAUGAGGUGUUCCAGGACCAAGAAGUUGAUGAACUCUGGGUUGGUGAUGGUGGCGUCAGGAAUUGGGACAAGGACUAUGUGUGGGACCAGGAGGAAGAGGAGGAGGAAGACCAGGACUAUUACCUGGGAGACUUGAGACAUGACCUGAGAGUUAAUGUCUACCCAGAAGAGGAGAUACUGGAAGAAUACGAUGAGAACGACCAAGAGCUGUAUCCUGACACCCACCUGCCUCCUCCAGCCCCUCCACCUCAGUUCACCUGUCCCCAGUGCCGAAAGAGCUUUACACGUCGCAACUUUCGUCCCAACUUGCAGCUGGCCAACAUGGUCCAGAUAAUUCGCCAAAUGUGCCCCACUCCUUAUCGAGGAAGCUGGGGGAAUGACCGGGGCAUCUGCUCCGAACACCAGGAAGCCCUGAAGCUCUUCUGUGAGGUGGACAAAGAGGCCAUCUGUGUGGUGUGCCGAGAAUCCAGGAGCCACAAACAGCACAGCGUAGUGCCAUUGGAGGAGGUGGUGCAGGAGUACAAGGGGACCCCCCAGAGCCCACCUUCUCCUUAUGAUGGGUCGACUCACGGGCAGCACCCACUGCCCAACCCCGCCGCCCGCCCACCUCUACCUCCCAGUAGUGCCGGCCAGAGCGGAAGCCCUGGGCCCCCAAGACGCAGCAGUCGGCUGAGAAGCGUUUGGAAUGGUCAGCAACCUCCUGCCGCCGCUCUGCCAGGCGGACCCCCCGGCGGUCAGGGGACAGCAUCAGAGCCGGAUGGCCUCUUCAUCCACCUCGCAGAAGAGCUUCAGGGCUUCCUGGUGUUUGGGACAAAUGCCCUGCUCGCUCCCACGGCUCCCUCGACCAGGAGUUGGGUGCAUCUGCCGAAUCACCUGGACCAUGUUGGCCAGCUGCAGGUUGGGGCGAAAGCUCCGCCUGGGAAAGCUCUUUCGGCACUGAGGGCAGUCUUCAUCCCGCAUGGGGGUGUCCCACCCCCCACCGGCUCCCACAGCCUCCACUUCCUCCUCCUCUCCGUCCUCCUCUUCCUCAUCCCGGUCCAACUCGUCUCUGUCCUCCUCAUCCUCCCCUCCCCACAACUGGGUUACACACACUCGGCAGAAGUUGUGCCCGCAGCCGAUGGACACGGGGUCCGUGAAGUAAUCGAGGCAGAUGGCGCACACCGCCUCCUCCUGAAGGGUCUGCACAGGGCAGUGAGGGAGGGGUGGGUGCCAGCGGACAAGUUCCCCGGAGGGCCUGCUCCUUGGGCCACCGUUCCGCUCGCUGAAAUCCGACUGCCCACGGUCAACAAGUAUUGGGCGCCUUCUGUUGACCAGACUGCCAGUCCGGUGUCCGCGGCGCGCUGCGCGGGAGAGGAGGACACGUCACAGAAGGUGAGGAAACUUGCGGUACAGAAGUGGGAGCUCAAGGAUGGAGAAGAGGGAAAGAAGCGGGGCACCGAGAGAAAUUCAAGCAAGCACAGCGAGGAAACAGCUUUGGUUCUGCCCGGGACUGUCAGUGAUUGGCUGGGUGGAGCCAACGGCGAUGGCGGCAACUCCACACCGCGGACACUACCACGAGCGAGUUUAAAUUCUUCUCCCCUGACUGGUUUCACUCCCAGCUCGGGGCCUCCCAUCCACCUGUCCUCAGGGGGGCCACCUCUGCUCCUCCAAGUGGCGCCCUACUGUUCGCUUCCCGCUUGCCCCCUAAGACACCCACCUGGUGUCUACCCCGCAUUCUUCCCACUGUCCAGUGUGUCCUCAGUGGCGGAGAGCAGUCAAAAGGACCAUCAGUCUCUCCAGAGGUUUCUCGACCAGCCUCUCCACCGAUCCUCACGUGCGGCUCGUUGGCCUCGAGCCUGUGGGAUGCUGCACGUGUGUUGGGAAGCAGGCUCCAGAGUUCAAGGGGAAAAGGCAGUGAAUCCUUCAGAGAAGCAGCCCAGCGGCGCUCGGGGGCCCCCAGCCCAGUGUUCCUGGCUUGAGAGAUGUCGCAAGCUCUCAGCUCAAGUCUCCGCCAGCCCGGCUUCAGCCCCGCCCUUCCUCCCCCGUGGGUGCUCGGAGGCCGGAUCGGGCCUCACCGCUCCGAGCCGCGUACUGUCGAGCCCCUCGACUUCCCCAGCACCGCCCGACUUAGGUGCGCUGAGAGAGCGCAUGGCGGCGGUGGGGCCGCGGGCAGACCCCCGCGCCGGGGCCGAGGCGCUGGCACUGGCCGCAGAGCUGCAGGGCGAGACCACAUGCUCUAUAUGCCUGGAGCUCUUCCGCGAGCCAGUGUCCGUCGAGUGCGGUCACAGUUUCUGCCGCUCCUGUAUCGCGCGCUGCUGGGAGCGCCCCGGCGUGGGAGGCCCCGCGGCGUGCCGCGCGCUGCCCGGCCCGCUGCCCUGCCCACAGUGCCGAGAGCCCGUGCGUCCCGGCCAGUUGCGGCCCAACCGGCAGCUGGCCUCGGUGGCCACGCUGCUGCGGCGCUUCGGUCUACCUGCGGCCGCGCCAGGGGAGCGUCAGCCCAUGGAGGCGGCGCUGGCUGGGUGCGUCCAGCAUGGCGAACCGCUCAAGCUCUACUGCCAAGACGACGGACGCGCCAUUUGCGUGGUGUGCGACCGCGCCCGCGAACAUCGCGCGCACGCAGUGUUGCCGCUUGACGAGGCUGUGCAGGAAGCUAAGGAGCUCCUGGAGUCCAGGUUGAAGGUCCUGAAGAAGGAUCUGGAGGACUAUGAGGUGUUUCGUUCCACUGAAGAGAAGGAGAGCAAGGAGCUCCUGAAGCAGAUGGCAGCUGAGCGAGAGAAGGUAGGUGCAGAGUUUCAGGCACUGCGGGCCUUCCUGGUGGAGCAGGAGGGCCGGCUCUUGGGCCGUCUGGAGGAGCUGUCCCGGGAGGUGACACAGAAGCAGAAUGAGAACAUAGCUCAGCUUGGGGGUGAGAUCACCCAGCUCUCCAAGCUCAGCAGCCAGAUCCAGGAGACAACUCGAAAGCCUGACCUUGACUUUCUCCAGGAAUUCAAAAACACCCUAAGCAGAUGCAGCAAUGUGCCUGGCCCCAAGCCAACCACAGUCUCUUCUGAGAUGAAGAAUAAAGUCUGGAAUGUUUCCCUCAAGACCUUUGUCUUAAAGGGGCUGCUCAAGAAGUUCAAAGAGGAUCUUCGGGGAGAGCUCGAGAAAGAGGAGAAAGUGGAGCUGACCCUGGACCCGGACACCGCCAACCCCCGCCUCAUCCUCUCCCUGGAUCUGAAGAGCGUGCGCCUCGGACAGCGGGCCCAGGACUUGCCCUGCCACCCACGCCGCUUUGAUACCAACACGCGGGUCCUGGCGUCCAGCGGCUUCUCCUCGGGGCGGCACCACUGGGAGGUGGAAGUGGGCUCCAAGGACGGCUGGGCCUUUGGCGUGGCGCGCGAGAGCGUGCGCCGCAAGGGCCUCACGCCCUUUACCCCUGAGGAGGGCGUCUGGGCGCUGCAGCUCAACAGCGGCAAGUACUGGGCGGUGACUAGCCCCGAACGGACGCCCCUCAGCUGUGGCCACCUGUCCCGCGUGCGGGUGGCCCUGGAUCUGGAGGUGGGCGCCGUGUCCUUCUACGCCGCGGAGGACAUGCGCCACCUCUACACCUUCCGCGUCAAUUUCCACGAGCGCGUGUUCCCGCUUUUCUCCGUCUGCUCCACCGGCACCUACUUGCGAAUCUGGCCUUGA